UGAUUAUACUUAUUUAGGGGUAAUACGCUAUAGUCCCUUUGUAUAUAGGUAUUGCCCCUUAAUGAAAAUGCCUGCUAUAGAAAACAAUGCAUAAUCUCUUGUAAAGUUUAUGUGUUGAUGCUCAGCAAUUUCUUUCGCAUUCCUUUCCAAUUUUCAUAGACUGUGAGUCUUUCUUGUUGGAGCUUGCCCUAAAAAGAUGUGGCAAGCGAGUCACAGCUCAACUUGCAAAAAGCAAACAAGAAGGUCUUUCAAAGUAUUUAGCGUAUCAAGUUAAAUCAAAAAAGAAAUUUUAAGGGUAUUUAGAUGGUUGAUUUCUUUGUUUCACAGACUUGACAUAUACCAUAUCUAACUGAGCAUGUCAGAUUUAGCCAGAAAACAGAAUUUCAAUUGUACAAUUAAAGUUUUAGUGCGAUAACCAAUAGUGGCCUAGAUAUAAGUACCUCAGUACUUAGGUAUAAAUAAAGCCUUUGUAAAGUGAAGUGAAGUUUUAAAACUAGGCCUACAUUUCAUUUUAUGUACCACAAGUACCGUAGUCUAAAAGUCGCAUUUGUGUAAUUUUCAAAGCUGUUUUUGCAUCUUAUUUUAUUCAGCACAUCAAUUAACGCCAGAAAAAAGUGUCAAUUUUGUAACUCCUUAUAGGUUAGCUGCCACUGGUGAUGCUAGGACCGUCUGGUACAAGCAGUGUUUAUACCUAUAAACCUAAACGGAGUUAGGAUGUUUUUAACAUUAACUUUGUGAGGGUAUUUGAGUGUAAGCUGUCUUCGGAUGAUUUUGUUUUAACCUUUUUCGGACUUUUGUGGACAGGGGAAAAGUUGUGAGCUGGAUAAUAAUCUAUGCCAGUGUUCUUUAUACUAUCCUUUUUAAUCUUUGUUUACAACUUCUUUCACUGGAUUUCUGAUUCCGUAAAUUCAUGUCAUAAGGCAUUUCAAAAAUUUAGAAAGAUAGUGUUCAGAGUAUUGGUAAUGGUCUGUAGCUAGAGUAUAGUGAUCUAUCCGAUUCAGGGAAAUUUUUCCUAUCUAAUGUUUUUUGGCGUUUAACUUGACCUUCUUCUCCCUAGGUUAUUUCAUUAAAUGUCAGAGCCGAAAAAAGUAACACAGCCUCCAGAAUGCAUUACGUUAAGAAUCUCAACCAGGUUCUACCACAAGACAUCAGGGCUUUGGCUUGGGCGCCAGUAUCUGAAGAUUUUGAUGCGAGAUUCAAUUGCUGUACUCGAACAUAUAAAUAUUUUUUUCCUUUAUCAAGUCUUGAUAUAGAGGCUAUGCAGAAAGCCUCGGAUAAGCUUCUUGGUGAGCACGAUUUUCGAAAUUUCUGCAAGGUCGAUGUUGGAAAUAAUGUGAAUCAUUUUGUCAGAAAAAUUGAAUCAAUUAAUAUUUCCGCCUGUGAUGAGAAUGGAGCCCGCGUUACAACUGACAAAGAAGACCAAAUGUUUGAGAUUACUAUAUGUGGAAUGGCAUUUCUUUGGCACCAAGUGCGAUGCAUGGUCUCUGUAUUAUUUCUAAUAGGACUUCGUUUAGAGAGUAGUGAGGUUAUUGACCGUCUUUUGGAUGUCGAGUUUUGUCCCAAAAAGCCACAGUAUUCUAUGGCUUCAGAAGUCCCUCUAGUUUUGUAUGAUUGCACAUUUGAUAAAAUCAACUGGAUAUUCGAAACAGAUCAACUGGAAAGUACUACUAGAAGUUUUCGAAACCGUUGGACCGAUGCAGCUGUUAGGAAAUCGCUUAUUGAAAAAAUAUUUAAAGAUUUGCAAAUUCACAAAGAGGAAGAAGGCCAUUGCUUCAAGGAAGCUAUUCUGCCCCUGAUGACUGGUCAUAGGACAAAAAACUAUCGGCCGCUGCUCACACGACCUGUUUGUGAUGGACUUGAAAGGCAUCUCGAAAAGCAAGCUGCCAAGCGGAAGAAACUCGAAGAAAGACGGGAGGAAACCCCUAAAGAUUAACAUUAUUUUCAAAUAAUAAUCUUGGCGUAGGAAAGAUUUUAUACGUGGAUUCAUGAAGCCUUUUACCUAUUCAACAUUUGGUUAAUAAAAAUAUAGCUCCAUGUGCAAAUUCAACAAGGUUUACUGCGUGAACUUCUUUUUAGAUUUGUUCCUGUUUCCAAAAACUGUUUUUCGUGCAUAGCUGAAGGAAAAAUUGAGUUUGAGAAGCUCUCUCCAUUGUAAAAUGGAUAUGAUAUUCUUUUGUAAAAUAAAAUCCAGAAAUGCCUUUGAAAAAAUAAAACAAUGUAUAGCAUGCAAAAGAUUUUUCGUCUGGCGCUUUUCAUAGUAUCAAUCCUCCGUAUAAGGAACGAAUAUGUUAAGUUAGGAAUUUGAUGUAAUAGUUGUAGAAUUAAAAAAAGCUUAACAGGGACGCGACCAAUCAUUUUCACAUGCUUAUUAAAGUUACUCUAAGGUCCUUAAUAGAAGGGAAGCCAUAAUAGUUGGGGGGU